UAACUUUGAUAACGACCUUUCUGUUUCAUACUCAGGUGAGAAUGUGCUUGCCUUGUAAAACUGAUUUUGACAAUAACAAUGAACAUUGUGGGCGUUCACAUAUGAAUUGCUAUCAAUAUUUGCAUUCUUCCCUUUCUGGGUCUUUGUUUAAUAAAAUAGAAAAUUCUGAUUAUGAGCAAUCUUUAAACACUGCUGCAGGGUCUUUAGUGCAACAUCAUUUAGAUGCCGAGCCGUUGAUACUUUCUUCUAAUUUAAGCCCUAGAUCCAGCAAAUAUCAAAGAAGAUUUGUUCCUGUUUGCCCUAAUAAUAAAGUUAUAUCCAGUCACAACCCAUACGGUAGUAACAUUAACAGUAUAAGUACUACUUGUAUCAAAAACUUUCGCAAUAGUUUAAAAACUCCCGAUAUUUUUUACGAUACAGAAUUAAGAAGAAAAAAUAUUGAAGAUGUCAAUAUAGCUCUAGAAACUAUUAAGUCAGGGAGUGUUUCACUUGAUAACCUCACCCAAACACCUGCCAAAGAUGUUUUUUUUGGCUCUGAUAAUAAUCUUUUAACUUUUCUUGGCAGUCAAAUUAAAGAUAUUUGUUAUAAUAAUGUUAAUAAUGUCAACUUGAGCAUAAAUGAAGAAAUAAGUGAAGAAAGAAGUACUUCUCUCAAGUCACACGGAAAAAGAAAAAGGUUUAAAAAGAAAGCUAGCGACAUGAAACCCGAGGAAUUAGCCCAUGUUAGGGCUUGCAACCGAAACAGUGCAAGGAAAAGUAGAGAAAAGAAAAGAUUAAGAGAGCUUGCCCUGCAACAUUUAUGCGAAAAACAAAUUUUGUUAUUGAAAGCACAGGAGAAUAAGAUUAUAGACUUGGAAGCAACGGUCGAGAGUCUUUUUAAAAAAUUUAAUCUAUCAAGCAAAGAUUUCAAGGCUCCGGGCAAUGUUGGCCGCUUUAAAGAAAGUCAAUGCAUGAAAAAGGUGGGAGUUGACAGGGAACCAUUUAACCAUUUUAAAUUUGAGGAACACUGUAAUAAAAAGUCGGAAGAAAAACUAAAAAUUAAUAACGAUAACUACCAGUAUAACAAUGCUGGUAACCACGAGGUUGCUAGCAGUAAUAAAACUGAUAAGGGGAUUACUAUAGAAACAAAAGUUAGCAUAAAUAGUGAUCUUCAAAGUGACUUUGUUAGCCUAAAAGAUCUUCAAAAUAAUGAAUCGUAUGGAUCUGAAGGAAUGGGAGUAUAUGCAAAUAAAAAGCCCUUUGACGACAAUGAAAUGCUAGACUUGUUAACUAGUAUUUACAUGCCUGUUAGUUGGAUCCCUUUUAUGGACUAA